AUGGCCAUGUUAGCCAAGUCAACAUUCCCGGCCUCGCUGGCCUCGUCGGGCUCGACAUUAGUCUCCAAUACCCCAGCAGCAAAUAUGCAACCCACGAGAAGGCAACCGAUCGCGCCCUCCGCCGGGCAAGCUUUCGGAAGCCCAACCGAGUCGGAAUUUUCAGACGACGUCGACGGCCCAGACGCAGUUAAGAACUGGAGCGAGGACCGCGUCUGUGACUACUUACGAAGCGUCAAGUGCGGCGAGUACGAAAAGCUAUUUCGCAAGAACCACAUCAACGGCGAAAAUUUACUGGAAAUGGACAAGGAGGUACUCAAAGAGAUGGGCAUCGACAAGGUCGGUGACCGCGUACGCCUGUUUCUCGGCAUCAAGAAGCUUAGGACAAAGGCAUACGCUAACCAGAAGAAGCGAAAUAGGGAUUCGCUUGGUGGGCUCGACAUUCAGUAUACGCCGUCAACAGGCUCACCCAGGCCACCACACUCGGGCAGCCGAGCCAUGCCGACACCACCGCAAAACAAGAGAUACUCCCGACAAAUCGAUAUGGCAAGUUAUGGUAUGAGCUCGGCCAUGGACAUCGGCAAGUCCUCCCGGCCGAGCUCCCCCCUCCCGAGUGCCGACUUACGAGCCAUCCGGCAACGAUACCCAAACCAGCUCUACAUGAGUAAUGCCACCCCCAACUCCUCCGCUGGUAGACUUCCUGGAUCCUCUCCGGAGCAGUCGCAGUCUGGCCGUCUGGUAAUGACCCAUACGCGGAACCAAUCGAGUAUGGAUGGAUCACUGAUGGCUGCGUUACCACAGGGUCAAGAUGUCAUCCGUGUCAUCUCGACAGGUGGUGUCACCAAAGUCGUCAAAAUCGCCGGAUGUAGUACUUGCGAGGAGGUCACGAGGGUCACAUUACGGAAGUUCGCCUUACGGGAGGACCACGACCGCAACUACUGUUUCUGGGUUCUAGCCGGUGUCGACCCCGACCCCCAGCAAUGCCGACGCCUGGGCGACACGGAACUCUGGCGAAUCAUCAAGGAUCAAAAACGACCCGAACGGAACCGCCUUAUUCUGAGGAGAGUGCCGUCCGGAGAACCAGGGGAAUCCGAGCUGCAAAGAGCCGCUGCCAUCGCUAUGGAAGAGGCGCAGCAGAAUCACGCAAGAGCCCUUGAAAAUGUUCAGGACAAGCGAAGCCAGAUGAAGGUACAGAAACUCAUGGGUGAGAGCUGGGACGGUGAUUUACAGCAACCAUUAUCGCCCAUUUCUUAUCAGGACCGUGAGAGGAACUUGAUUAAUGCCGCAAAGGAUCUUGAGCGACCAGCUUCCAACGAAAUGAGGCAAUCACCAACACAAUCGCCCAGAGCGAGAAAGGGGCUUUUGAGGCCGUUCGGCGGAUUACGGCCUCCUAGCGAGCUCAUCACAUCUGACCUUACCUCAUAUUUCCCGGAUCAUCCGCGGGAAGAUAUCGAUCGAACGGCACGGCUAUCCAUGCGCAGAUCGACACGUCUGAGCAAGGUGAACAGCCGGUUGAGUGUAGCGAGUAACCUGAGUUUUGCAUCGAGCAUCCAAGAUGCGCCCCCCAUUCCGACCAUCGCCGAUAACUGGUUGAGCGCAGGCGGCCACCCAGGCAAGCUCCGACCCAGGGACCCGAGUCGGCUCCAGCACCAAUAUAGAGACUCCGUUGCGUCAACAAUCCUGGACGGUAUCCAAGAAGAAUCGCCUAUUGAACCCAAUCGCAAAUCGUACGUCUCGUUCGCGGACAGUUCAUCCGAUGGCGCCGGCAUUAGCGUCACCGACCCUGAUGGAACUACGCGACUGAGCUACUUUGACGAGAGCAGUACGCAGGGUUCUGGGUCGAUGAAAGAGAUUACCCAGGCCUUGGAGGAAGAUGGGGAAGAUGCAGAUGAGGAGCUUCAGAGUUUCUUGGCGGGAGAGUCGUGGGAUGACAAUAAGUGGAUGAAGGGUGCCCUAAUUGGUCAAGGUUCCUUUGGUUCCGUGUACCUCGCACUGCACGCUGUCACCGGAGAGCUUCUUGCUGUCAAGCAGGUUGAGGCGCCUUCACCCAAUUCUAACAGCCAGAACGACCACCGCAAGAAGAGCAUGAUUGAAGCACUCAAGCGGGAGAUCAGCUUGCUGCGUGACUUGCGCCACGCAAACAUUGUGCAAUACCUCGGCUGCAGUUCAUCGACGGAAUAUCUCAAUAUUUUCCUUGAGUAUGUGCCGGGUGGCUCGGUCCAAACCAUGCUCAACUCCUAUGGUGCUCUCCCGGAGCCCCUGGUCCGCAGCUUCGUGCGCCAAAUUCUCAACGGUCUGUCCUACUUGCACAACCGGGAUAUCAUUCAUCGUGAUAUCAAGGGUGCCAACAUCCUGGUGGACAACAAGGGCACCAUCAAGAUCUCUGAUUUCGGUAUUAGCAAAAAGCUCGAGGCGACCAACAUCCUGUCCGGCGCGAAUAACAACAAGAACCGCCCGUCUCUACAAGGGUCCGUCUUCUGGAUGGCGCCCGAGGUCGUGAAACAGACAUCCUAUACCCGCAAGGCGGAUAUUUGGUCUCUUGGUUGCCUGGUCGUCGAAAUGAUGACCGGUUCGCACCCGUUCCCCGACUGUUCUCAAUUGCAAGCCAUCUUCAAGAUCGGUGGUGGCAAGGCGUCGCCUACCAUCCCGGACAACGCUUCGCCCGAGGCCAUUGAGUUCCUGAAACAGACGUUUGAGAUUGACCACAAUUUGCGGCCUAGCGCGGACGAUUUGAUGUUGAGCGCCUUCUUGACCCCAAUCACGUAG